AGAAAGCCCAACAGGCCCAAUUCCAACCUUUCUCUCUGCCGUUUCAUCACCACCUCUGAGAAGAAGAAAGCAUACGCAGAACCUAGGUCCUGAAUCCGGUAAAACCCUUCCCUAACCUCUCUAAAAUGCCGGAAGCAAGAAAACGUCGACACAAACCCAAACCCGCCGAAACCGAAACCUUAACCAUGGACUAUCAAUACACCAACCCCACUCCCAGAAACGACGCCGCCGUCGCCGAGACUCAUCACAAACCUUCUUCCCCUCGUCUCACACGUGGCCGUGCCAGACGAACCCUUACCGAAGACGAAAACAACAACAUUAACGUUGACAGUUCCAACUCUAACUUCGGCCAUUUGGCUUCCGCAGAACGAAGCAGACAUGGAGAUGCAAACGAAAUUACGGUAUUGCCCCCGAGGUCGGAUAGCGUGGCAGUUAAAGUGGUGCCGUCGAUGGACGCUGUCGUGAAAGUGUUCUGUGUUCACACGGAGCCGAAUUUUUCGUUGCCGUGGCAGAGGAAACGGCAGUUUAGUUCGAGUAGUAGCGGGUUUAUUGUGGGGGGAAGAAGAGUUUUGACUAAUGCACAUUCGGUUGAGCACCAUACACAAGUCAAAUUGAAAAAGCGAGGUUCCGAUAGGAAAUACUUGGCCACUGUUUUGUCUAUUGGGAUCGAGUGUGAUAUUGCAAUUUUGACUGUUAACGAUGAUGAGUUUUGGGAAGGAGUUUCACCGGUAGAGUUUGGAGACUUACCAGCUCUCCAAGACGCUGUAACUGUUGUGGGGUAUCCAAUUGGGGGUGACACUAUCUCUGUGACAAGUGGGGUUGUUUCGCGCAUGGAGAUACUGUCUUAUUGCCAACAGUCAACUGAGCUACUGGGACUGCAGAUAGAUGCCGCUAUAAAUUUUGGAAAUUCUGGUGGACCUGCAUUUAAUGAUAAGGGCAAAUGUGUUGGUAUUGCAUUUCAAUCUCUAAAACAUGAGGAUGUGGAAAAUAUAGGUUAUGUGAUACCCACACCUGUUAUUAUGCACUUUAUUCAAGAUUAUGUCAGAAAUGGUGAUUAUACAGGGUUCCCCAUUCUUGGAGUUGAGUGGCAGAAGAUGGAAAACCCUGAUUUGCGUCUGUCAAUGGGGAUGAGAUGUGAUCAAAAAGGUGUUCGAAUUAGAAGAAUUGAACCAACAGCUCCAGAAUCUCAGGUUCUGAAGCCAUCUGAUAUUAUCAUUAGCUUUGAUGGCAUUGAUAUUGCUAACGAUGGAACAGUCCCAUUCAGGCAUGGGGAGCGCAUAAGUUUUAGUUACCUUGUUUCUCAAAAAUACACUGGAGAUACUGCUAUUGUAAAAGUUUUCCGCAAUUUAGAGGUUAUAGAAUUCAACAUAAAACUUGCGACUCAUAAGCGGCUCAUCCCAGCACACAUCAAUGGCCGACCUCCUUCUUAUUACAUAAUGGCAGGAUUUGUCUUUACAGCUGUAACUGUUCCGUAUCUGCAUUCUGAGUAUGGAAAGGAUUAUGAAUUUGAUGCUCCAGCCAAACUGUUGGAUAAGUUUCUACACGCAAUGGCACAAUCUGUGGAUGAACAGGUUGUUGUCAUAUCUCAGGUGCUUGUGGCUGAAAUCAAUAUUGGAUACGAAAAAAUUGUCAAUACUCAGGUUCUUGCUUUCAAUGGUAAGCCUGUGAGGAAUCUUAAAAGCCUAGCUGACAUGGUUGAGAGCUGUGAAGAUGAAUAUUUAAAAUUUGAUCUGGAGUACCAACAGAUUGUGGUCCUACAGACUAAGACAGCCAAGGCAGCUACCUCUGACAUCCUCUCAACACAUUGUAUACCUUCUGCUAUGUCAGAUGACCUCAAAACUUGAGAGAAUAUUGAAACUAAGGAAAAAAAAUUUUAUUAUACUUCCUCAGCUGAAUUUAUGUCAAUAUGAGGAUUUCCUGACCAAAAUUGUCUUAUCUAUGUAUGAUAUGUUGUUGUCUCCUGCCUUGUUUUUCUCCACAGUAUAGUGUUCUAAUUACUCUCAAUUUGCUUUCAUGUGAUAACUGAAAAGCUUCCUGGCCUGGUAGUUUGGUAAUUUAAUCUUCAGGCAAAAACCAUGUGUGAGGUAUCAUCUCCUUGUAAUACCUUCACUGGCAAAUUUACAAGAUAAUAUACAAUAAUUCUAGUUAUAGGCCAAUUUCCUA